AUGAGGCUGUGCAACCGGGGUGUGAUGAUGCUGCUGACCACGGCGGGGGCUUUCUGCGCCUUCAGCCUCAUGACCAUCGCCGUGGGCACGGACUACUGGCUGUACUCCCGCGGGAUGUGCCGAUCCAAGAGCCUGAGCGACAACGAGACCGUCCGCAAGAACGAGGAGGUCCUGACCCACUCCGGUCUGUGGAGGACCUGCUGCACAGAGGGGACGUUUCGGGGUGUUUGCAAGGACAUUGAUCACUUUCCUGAAGACGCAGACUAUGAGCAGGAUGCUGCAGAGUAUUUACUACGAGCAGUACGAGCCUCCAGCCUCUUCCCCAUCCUCAGUGUGGGAUUAUUAUUUCUCGGAGGUGUGUGUGUAGCGGCCAGUGAGUUCUACAAGUCACGCUACAAUGUCAUUCUCAGCGCGGGAAUACUCUUUGUCUCCGCAGGUCUCAGUAACAUCAUUGGGAUCAUUGUGUACAUAUCAGCCAACUCAGGUGACCCCAGCCAGAGCGAAAACAAGAAGAGCUACUCCUACGGCUGGUCUUUUUAUUUUGGGGCUUUGUCCUUUGUGCUAGCUGAGAUGGUGGGCGUCCUGGCCGUGCAUGUGUUCAUAGAGAAACACAGGCAGCUGCGCACUAAAGGCCGGCCUUCCCUACUGAAGCCACCCAUCUCCCGCGGCUCAUCUUACUACCGCAACCGUCACUACCAGAACCGCUUCCGCCGAUACAGUUACAGGAGCAACCACAGUGCAGCGGACUCGACCUCACACUCCUUUCGAGCAUCCUUGGUGCAAGACCAAGAGCCGUCCCUCUCCGCUGAAUCCAAAGUCACCGCCAUGGCAGGUGUGCCAACACCAGUGACAAUGGGCUCAGAGUUCAUGCUCUACACCUUAACCUCGCCUCUCAAAGACGGUAAAAUCGACAUGGCUGUGGAUGAUUUAACUACUGCGGCUGCUCACAACAACACUGAGAUGGUGCCUGGAAACUGUGCUGCAGCCAGAAGGACCACGCCUGUGUGAGCGGAGAGGUACUGGAAGAGGGAGAUGUACAGGGAUAAAACACGAGAGGAACUUCAGAGAGAGGAGAACAUUAAAUAAGAGGAAAUCCUAACUUCCUUAGUAAAGAAAGAGGAAAGACUUAAGAUAUUGGAGUUGACUAAUCAGUUGAGCUUUUUUUUUUUUCUGUCAAAAAACUGUUGGAAAAAUCCCAAUCACUAUUUCCCCAGUAGUUUUUGUCAACAGUCUAAAGAGAUUCAAUUUACAAUAUUAUUUAAAAAAAAUUAAUUCAGCAAAUCCUUACGUUUGAGAUGCUGGAAUCAGAGAAUGACAAAAAAUGAUUAUUAAAUUAUAAAAGUACAGUAGUUGCUGAUUAUGCUCUGUCAGUCGAUUAAUCAUUCCAGCUCCAGACUGAAGCAAACGCUAUUUUGAGAUUUGCUACUUUUUUGGUCUUUGUAUGUCAUUUUGCAAUGCUAUUACAGUAGCUUUAUCUACAGUAUAUCUGUAGUUUGUGCGAAUGAGUGUGUAUGAGACACAGUCAUAUGGAGAGAGACAGAACGGAGCAGCGUCCAUGAAAAUAAAGUAUCGCACAAAAGAAUAAAACAGGGUACAUCUGGGAAUGGCAACACUAUGUCCUGUUCCUGUCCUCCUUUUUGUGGAACUAAGCACAAAAUCGAAACCCCAUUAAAUGCAUUAAAACGCACUCCGUCACUCACUGUGUCUGUUUGUGUCAGAGUGUGUAUUGUGUAAGCAUGUGAGCAUGCAUAAGUGUACCAAAAGGUCCCGCCCUUAUGGUUGUGCCAUUGAGUCUCUGUUUACAUCAAAUAAAGAA